ACUUUGUGGCUGGUCUGGCUACCAACAAUUUUGAAAUAGAUAUGGCAGGAAACCGUCAACAGCGUUCUGACGCUGGCCCUAGAAAUUCAAAGAAACGAAAAUCUAGAGCUAACGAAUUGAAAUCUGGAAAUGACGGACCUCCUCCUACAAAAAUCUAUUUUCAGGAGUCCGCUCAGAAGUCAAACAAAUACCAAAACGUUGCAGCAGCAGCCACAUCACCUAUGGUCCAACCGCAAAUAGCAACAGAAGGAGACGAUGAUUUAAAUAAUUUCACUGAUGUAUUCUUUGACGAAGAAUUAGAUGAAAAGUUAAUUGAACUGGAGAAAGAGAAGGAAAAGGAGUUGAAAGAAAUUGAUAAUACUUAUCGGGAAGUUAAAGAUUUACUCUUUAAGAAAAGUGAAUUACUACAAGAGAAUCUUAAAUAUCUAAACGAAGAGAAGAAGAGGAGAAUGCAAAAUCUAUUGGAUGAAACUUAUAACCAUUUCAGCCAACGCUACAACAUCCGCGAAACAACUUUACACGAAUUGGCCGAAAAUGAAGAACCAGUUGAUCUUCAAGUUGCUAAGAAUCUUAUUGUGAAAAUGUCUUAUUCGGAAAAAGAUGGCGUAAAAGAAGUUGAAAUUGAACAAGUUACAUUACCAGAUUGUCUUAUGGCUACUCCUAGAGCUUCACAAUCCAAUUCGUCAAAAGCUACAACAACCCGACGUCCCAAGCAAUCAUCAUCAACACCAAUCAGUAAAAAGUAA